AUGUCUGCGCCAUCGGUUGCGGGCACUGCCGUCUCGAAACAGCGGGGCAACGCUGCAUUUGCAGCAGGAGACUACGCAUCCGCGCUUGAACGCUAUAGCGAAGCGAUCAGGCUAUGCGAUGGGCUGCCAGACCCGGCGGGAGUGCACCUCCUGUAUGGCAACCGGGCGGCAGCGCAUCUCAAGCUGGGCCAGUGGGCAGCGGCGCUGGCAGAUGCAGAGACGGCGCUUGCGAUAGAACCCAAGUGGGUCAAGGCGCUUUAUCGCAAGGCCGCCGCACUGCAGCAGCUGGGGCAGCCCGCAGGGGCAGCAGCGGUGGCGCAGCAGGCUGCCCUGCUGGAGCCCGGCAACCGAGAAGUGCAGGCACUGCUGCAGCAGCUGGGACCUGCCGCAUCGGUAGCAGCGCAGCAAACGUGGCAGCAGGCAGCCGGGCCGACCAAGCCUGCCCCCAGCGCGGCAUUGCUGCCGCCGCUGCUGGCCGCAGCCCCGUGGGAGUAUGCGCCGGCACCAGAUGGGGUGGACGAGAACCUGUUGCUGUUGCUGCACGGCCUGGGAGACCGCCCAGCAGCCUUUGCAAAGCUGGCGCAACAGAUGGCGCUGCCACAGAGUGCCGCGUUGGCGCUGGGCGGCCCUCAGGAGGUGCCGUUUAGCGAUGGCGGCAGGUCGUGGUACACUGUGUUCACAGAAGAGUUUGAGCUCAUAGAGGCCCGGCCGGGCGAGCAGCGCCGCAUCCACAGCCUGCAGGCGGUGGUGGCGGCGCUGCAGCGGCUGGUGGCGGAGCUGCAGCGGGCCUGCGGCUGGAAGGCGCACAGCAUCCACCUGAUGGGAUUCUCCCAGGGUGGCACAGUAGCUCUGGGGCUGGCCCGGCAGCAGCAGGCCGCCGGGCAACCGCUGGGCAGCUGCGUGGCGGUGUCUGCUGCCCUGCUGCCAGAGCAGGUGGCACAGGGGCUGGGUGCAGGGAGCAAGAGCAGCAGCGGGGGCGCCAACGCGGCAGGAGUUGUGAGCCGGCGGUCUGUGGAGCAGACAGCAGAGGCGCUGCGCAGCACGCAUAGCAUGGAGGUCGUCGUGCACAGCGUGCCCGGCAAGGGCCACGCCAUGCCCCAGGGCCCAGCUGAGAUGAAGAGGUUGAUGGAGUUCUGGGCUCAGCGCCUCAGCCGGCGGCCCACGGCAGCAGACCUGCCGCCCGAGGCGGCUGGCGGCGGUGGCGAGCUGCUGGAGGUCCGGCCGGGGGAGGUGUCCCUAGAGCUUCUAGGGGAGCAGCAGCAGCCAUGA